AUGCCCCGUGCGAGUCCCGCGGAGGUGAGGCGGGCUAGAGCGGCGGCAUCGGCGGCGAUUUCAGCGGCGACGACGGCGGUACCCGAUGGUCGUGUUUCCCCCGCGGCGUGGGCGUGGAGAGUUGCCGGAGUGCCCGCGUUGGCGGCUGGAGCGGGGGCAUCGGCAGCAGCUCCGGCGGCUACGGCGGCGGCCUUUGGUGGUAGUGUUAUCCCCGUGGCGGCGGCGGGGAGAAUGGCCGAAGUAACGGCAGGAGCGGCGGCAUCGGCAGCAGCUCCAGUGGCGAAGGCGGCGACCUCCGGUGGCAGUGUUUCCCCCGUGGCGGAUGGCCGGAGUUCCGGCGGUGGUAGCAGGAGCAGCGGGAUCGGCGGCAGCUCCAGCGGCGACGGCGGCGACCUCUGGCGGCAGUGUUCCCCCCGCUGCGGCGGCGGGGGGGACGGCCGAAGGUCCCCGCGGUGGCGGCAGGAGCGGCGGCAUCGGCAGCACCUCCAGGGGCGAUGGCGGCGACCUCCGGCGGCAGUGUUCCCCCCGCGGCGGCGGCAGGGGGGAUGGCCGGAGUCCCCGCGUUGGCGGCAGGAGCGGCAGCAUCGGCGGCAGCUCCAGCGGAGAUGGCGGCGAACUCCGGCGGCGGCAGGGGGGAUGGCCGGGGUCCCUGCAGUGGCGGCAGGAGCGGCGGCAUCGGCAGCAGCUCCAGAGGCGACGGCGGCGACCUCCGGCGGCGGUAGUGUUUCCCUCGCAGCGACGGCGGGGGAAGCGCCCGGAGGGCUCGCGGCGGCAGCUGGAGCGGCGGCAUCGACGGCGGUUCCAGCGGCGGCGGCGGCGGCGGCGGCGACACCCCACGGUGUUGUUUCUCCCGCUGCUGCGGCGGGGAGAAUGGCUCGCGAGCCCGCGCAAGUGGCUACAGCGGCGGCAUCGGCGGCUGGAGUGGCGACGUCGGUGACGGCACCACCCGCGACCGAGGCGACGGCACCGGCCGCUAUGAUGGCGACCGUCGGUGACGUUUCCCCCACCACGUCGGUUGGGGGGGCGGCCAACAACGGAGAAGCGGUGGUCAACGGCAUCCACGACGGUAGCGACGAUGGCGGUUGGUGA